AAUGAUAGCCAAUGCACCGAUCUGAUUCAGUGGCUUCUCAUCUGAAAUCAAUCCAACCCGUUCUUUUUUAGUUUUUUAUACCAUGUUGCAGCCCAUGAAUAAAUAAUGAGCUCCUUUUAAGUUUUAAUCCCCGAAGUUUGACUGGUCAAUAACUCAAGAUGAAGCAGGAAAUUUUAUAUUUCUAAUCGCAGCUCCCAAAGGUAUUGGUUCUGCUUAUGAAUCGAGGGAAUGCUCAUAAGCAGUGUGUUCCGUUCCGUCUCGAACAGGCCAAACUUGAUAGUAGCAAUCCUUGUUUUCUUCAUACUGAAACUAACAACGUGGAGAUGGUUGAGUUCCCGGAUGUACCAGCUCUUGAAGGAGUUAGACUCGUCGUCUUAUCAAAAAACUAUAAGUCCCGGUUCUUAGAAUUAUGUGAUGUUGGAGGUUGUCUUCCUGAACUUUAUCUACGACUUUACAAUUCAUCCAUUCAUCCUUUUUUCCCAUUUGAACCAUUUAUAUCGUUAUCAUCCAACGAAAUUUCCAGUCUUACCUUUUUCGAUUGUUCCUCGAUUGGGUCGAACCACUUGAAAAACGAUGAUUACCCGCACCAAGAUAUGCAUACUUGCCCGAUUUAUGUUGUUGACUCCACCAGAGGUAUCCUGAAGGAAGACGUAAUCUUUUGCACCAAGAUGCGUCAGUUAGAUUCUCGAUUAGACCAAUAUAGUAUUCAGUUGAAUAGAUUUAAAUUUAGAUGGUCCCAACCCAAAUGUGAUGUUGAGCACAAACACAGCAAGAUAUUCCAAUUUGUAUUACCAGCUUCAGGUUCGAUUGUGUUUGUGAUGUGCAUUGUGUUCCUGAUAUAUCGCUACUUCAAAACGAAACAAGAUGAUCAUGCAAGACUUGAAAAGUUUUUGAAGGAUUACGAAGCUCUCAAGCCUACCAGAUUUUCUUAUGCUGAUUUGAAAAGAAUUACAAACCGUUUCAAGGAUAAAAUAGGCGAAGGAGCUCAUGGAUCAGUCUUCAAAGGUAAGCUAUCUAAUCAGAUUAUAGUAGCUGUGAAGGUACUCAAUAACUCUGAUGACGAUCGCAAGGACUUCAUCAAUGAAAUGGGGACUAUGGGUAAAAUUCAUCAUAUCAAUGUUGUUCGUUUGCUGGGCUUUUGUGCCGAAGGUUUCCACCGUGCUCUUGUCUAUGACUUUUUUUCAAAUGGUUCCCUCCAAAAGUCCAUAUCUUCCCCAGACAACAAAGAAAAUUUUCUUGGAUGGUUAAAGUUGCAGCAAAUUGCUGUUGGUAUAGCCAAAGGGAUUGAAUAUCUCCACCAUGAUUGUGAUUACCGGAUUCUUCAUUUUGACAUCAAUCCUGGUAAUGUGUUAUUAGAUCACAAUUUUACUCCCAAAAUUUCUGAUUUUGGUCUGGCAAAAUUAUGCUCUAAAAAUCAAAGUGUUGUGUCAAUAACAACGGCGAGAGGAACUUUAGGUUAUAUUGCACCUGAAGUUUUUUCAAAAAAUUUUGGAAAUGUAUCAUAUAAAUCAGAUAUCUAUAGCUACGGAAUGUUGUUGUUAGAAAUGGUUGGAGGAAGGAAAAAUAUUCACACAAGUCAAGAAGCUUGCGAAAUUCUAUAUCCAAAAUGGAUUCAUAAUUUAAUUGAAGGAGGGGAUAUUAAUAUUCACAUGGAAGAUGUAAAUGACCAUAUAAUCGCAAGGAAACUAGCAAUUGUGGGACUUUGGUGCAUCCAAUGGCAGCCAAUUAGCCGUCCAUCCAUGAAAACAGUGAUACAAAUGCUAGAAAGAGAAGGUGAUGAAUUGAAGGUGCCCCCAAUUCAUUUUGACUCCACAAAUUCCAUUAAUGCAAAUAUGAAUAUUCCAGCAAGACAUUUGAGUUUGGAGUUGGAAGUUAUUCAUGAAUUAGAAUAAGAAGCAUCCUUAUGCUUAUCAAUAUGUGUAAUUUGUAUUUUUAUUGGGAAAUGUUUUGUAAGUGUUUAUGAAAUUGUGUUGUGUUGAUUGCACGAAUGAACUUUUGUUUGUUA